AUGACCUGCAACUCGGGAUCAAUAUCUUUAAACACAUCUUGUUCUUCUACUCCCCUAUCAAGCUCAUUAGAGUGUUGGUCAAGCCCAACUGCUGCUUCAUGGUAUGAGCACAGAGACUUUUUGAAAACUCCAGAUAGUGAAGGAUCCGACAGUAGACGUUCAGGAUUCAUUGAUCGAAUAGGGAGUAAUCAAAAAGGUUUCCAACCAACAGAUGUCAUGUCUACUUUCGAAGCAUCUAACUUACUUAUAGACCGCAGUCUGCAAGCAGUUGAAGAAAUGCUUAUUUUUCUACGAAAACAACCGCGAAAUGGCAACAAAAUUGUGCAUAACAUUUUCCCAGAAGAAAAAAAUCAAACCGAUAAUCAUCAGCGCUGUAACAACAAAAACGAACAACACAUCCAAAUAACAAAGUCACAAAUAACAGAAAGAAGUAAUUCUAGUACUCUUACAAAGGUACAUGGAGAAAUUAAUGUAGCAGUGAAAGCACCCAAGCCAGUCACGUUAAUGCUCACGGGUAUAACAGUUCCACCAGAAAUGAAAAUAACAAAACUAACUGUCAACGGAAAAAGAUUAAUUUUUUCGUAA